AUGCGCGGAGCAGAUGCGCGCGCGACGAUCGACGGGCGGGAGGAGCGGGAGGAGCGGGGGGAACUGGAGGAGCGACACUUCUCGCGGGGCGUGCAGAAACGAGAGGCGGAGCGGCUGGGGUUGAAGGCGGGAGAGAAGUCCGAGAGUGUUCUGGACUCGCCAGGUAGCAGCGCGCGCCGGCAGGGAAAGGCGCAUAUGGCGGGCGAUGGGGACGGCGGCAAGCGGCGGAACGGGAGAGUGAACGCGGAGGCGAAUGGCGGAAUACUGGGGAGUGCGUGGAAGAAGGCGCGGAGAGGGGCAGCAAGCACACAGCUGUCGGAAGCCCAGGGGGAAAGCGGAAGAGAGGCGGCGGGGGCGAGCGGAGCGGGUGCAGGUAGAGCUGAAGGCAGUGCGGGUAAGAUGGCGGAGGGGGGCGCAGAGGGCGCCCGAAGAACGAGGGACGCGGAGGGGGAGGCGGAGGGAGGGCGAUUAGUGAAAACGGUGGGGUUUCAUGGAGGAAAGUUGACGCGGAGAGAAGUUGCGCGCGUGGCGGCUAUUGGUGGCAGUGGUGCUGCUGGUCCAGGCGCGGGAGAAGGAGGAAGAGGGAGGCGGGCAGGGGUAUCAGGUGGGCGGUUGGUGCGGUUUGCAGAGGAGAGGGCGGAAUGGAGCGAUCAUGCGGAGGAGAGUGAAAGAGCAGCAUGGGGCGUGCUGGGGAGCGUGUCUGAGAUGAUUGCAUGCCUGCAUGCAGCCAUGCACAUGCGCGUUCCUAUCACAUCCCUCCCAUGCCUGCAUGUGCACUCCUUGGAUGCACCACCCACGCCACCCACACCACCCUCGCCUCCUUCACCUCUCGCACCACCUCUGCUCCUCACCCCCCUGACAGCACCAACGCACAAGCAGCCAGUGCAGCCCGCAGAAGCAGCGCCAGCGCUGCAUGUGGGUGCAGUGGCAGCAGCGGUGGGCGCUGAGCUAGCGCGGGUGGUGAGGCGUGCUUCGCCGUGGGAUGCUGCUGGGGCCGCCGUGCGAGUGCAGCGCUUGGCUCGGGCCGUGCGAGCGGUGGUGAGGCGCAGGCGAGGAGAGGGAGGAGUGAUUGUAGAGAAAGGAGAGAGGGGAGAGAGAGGAGAGAGAGUAGAUAGAGGAGAGAGCGGAGAGAGGAGAGAGCAAGGAGAGCAAGGAGAGGGAGGAGAGACAAGGGAGAGGGGGAAGAGAGGAGAGGGAGGAGGGAGAGGAGAGGGAGGAGAGGGAGGAGAGGGAGGAGAGGGGGAAGAAAAUGGAGGUAAAGGAGAGGUGGAAACGGGAGGAGCGAACGGUGAGGGAAAUGGUGGAGAGAGGGAUAGUGGCAAGGAAGGGAAGGGAGAGGAAGAGGGGCCAAACGGGAUUGGGGAAGGGGGUAUGCAGGCUGGGGCAAUGGCAGGUGAAGAAGAGAAAGCAAGGGCAGGGAACCGUGCACCGCUGUCUUCCCUUCAACCACAGCAGCAGCAGCAGCAGCAGCAGCAGCAGCAGCAGCAGCAACCCAGCACCGAAAAGCACCCAUCUCCGCCACCCAUGCUGCCCCUACCAUCCUUCCCCUUCACGGCACCCGUACCCGCGACCUCCCCUGCACAGGGCAGGGCAGCAUGGGGGGGGCGGUGGGGAAUGGAGGGGGCAGUGGUGGCGGGGUCAGAGCAGUGGGGUGAGGAGGAGGCAGGGCGUGUGAUGGCGGAGGUGGCAGCGGGGCAUGGCACGAUGGUGUUGCUCAGGGACGAGCAGCAGCGCGUGGCAGCAGCAGUGGCGGCCAUGCACAUGGCGUAUGGCAUUGCGGUGCCACCACAUGGCGGGGAUGGCUCAGAGGCUGGCGAUCAGUCAAUCAAGCAAGGCCAUGCAACGCCGUCCGCAGCCCAUCCCACCCACCCGGUGCUGCUGCUGCCGUGCAUGCUGGAACUCCCAGCGCUGCCCUGCGCCGUGUGCACGCGCCCUGACUCCUCGCGCACUGCUCUCAUCUGCGACACCUGCGACCGCCCCACUCACACGCGCUGCCUCGCCACCUCCCCCGCUGCUGUCACCGGGAGGGGCAGAGGCAGGAGCCGCGGAAGGGGGCGGGGCCGGGGGCGGGGGCGAGGGCGAGGUGGGUGGCAAGCAGCGGUGGGGGAGAGUGUGGUGGAGGAGUGGCACUGCGGUGCGUGCAGGGCCCAGCGUGAGGUCAGUGGACAGGUGGCUCUGCCCAAGUAUGGGCCGCUCAGGGCACGGGGUGAUGCUCGUGCUGCCCAGGGUGCUGCUCAGGGUGCUGCUCAUGGCGCAACGCCAUCCACUGCUGAGCGGGCUGACAUACGUGGGGGGGAGAGCACAGUUGACUAG